AUGCAAGCGCUUAAGCCCGCCGAGUAUCGCUGCAUCAAGGCUGAGGUCUUUUUCGACGAGUCCAUCAACCGCAAGAAGUUCCCCGGCAGGCAGGGUAUCUCGCUCUUCGACGCCCAGCACGUCGGCUUCGUGUCCCCCGAGUGCAGCGUCAAGCUUUUGCAGCAGUUCAACUUGGGUAUUAGGGCUCCAUACACCUCCCCCUCCCUCUGCGCCUCGUGCUUCAUUGUCGGCGUCAUCAUCGGCGGCCUCGGCGGCUCCCUCCAGAUGAACAAGUCCGCCGACUGGGCUGUCAUCGCCUUUACCUAUAUCUACGACAUCAACUUUACUUAUUCGUUCGCACCCAUCUGCCGGAUUCCCCUUUCCGAGAUCUUAAACUUGAAUGAUGUUGAGCACCGGACAUGA